ACUCGCGUUCAUUUAUCAUCGGGCUGUCCGUGCGUUCGGUCGUACCGCUGUUGUUUCGACGCUGGCUGUCUACUAGUGCUUUUCCCCAGCUGUGGGUGGUGGUACAGGAUUAUCCUGGAGUGUGAGCUUAGAUCCGUGAUUUCCAGACUCAACGAGCAAGCAGGAAGUGCACCCUUUGAAUCCUGCCCUAAACACGCUCCUGCUGACGUCUAUACGCGUCAGAGUGCCGUGAUCGAGGUGAAGCUGUGUGUGUUGGUGAGUGAACAACGAGGAAGGAAGAUGUUUAUUGGAUGUGAUUGAAGUUUUGUGAUUUUCUCCAGCGAGAAUCGAGGCGGAAAAGUGUCAAAAAAGGUGUUUUCAGUGAAUUAAAUCUCAGAUCAGUCUUCAAACCUCUCGCAAAAGUGCCGGUUCGAUAUAAAGAAUAAUCCCCACGGUGCAAGCAGUUCGGUGUCUGGGUGUUUUUGUUAUUAUUCCUCUUCCAUCCUGUGUGGACCCGUUUUGCGGGUGAUUGCAAAUCGGCAAAGGUGAUUUUCAGUGAUUGUGCAAAUCCGAUUCGCUCCAAACUGCAACUGCAUCAUUAUUGACCAGUACCGGAGAAGUGAAGGAAGCAAAAACGGAGAAACAAAACCUCUGACAUCAGGUGGCGAGAACCAACCAAACACACAAGUAAGCAACGCACAGCGGUUCACAACCGGAAACACUAAUGGCGUAGAAAUGACUAUUAUUAAAUCGAUUUAAGGGUCCGUGGAACACAAUAUCGAACUACUAUUUCAAGGGCUGCUCUUGUGUGGCUCGCAUAAUGCUGCCAGCGUGUUGAUUAUCUCCGAUUCCGGCCUAGCAAACGCUCGUCCAUCGCGCGCAAAGAUGCAAAUCUAAAAAUGUAACUCUGCUACGAAGGCCUCCCCAGAGUGUUAUGUGUGAAUGAAUGGCCAAAUAGCAUAGUGUCAUAAAAGCAGAGCAAAUAAAUUUUCUGCCUGCCCUCCUGCCCUACCAAGAGAAAGCGGAAAGCGGAAAGGAGUGGAUCAUAAAGGUUCCUCCACGUUCCCUCCCACGUCUGGCACUACCAUCCGCUUACCGAGGAAAGCAACAAAAUUCACCAUAAAUGAGUAGCAACUCGCAACCGGCAACAAGUUCAGUGUUCCAGUAGUGCAGUGUGUUAUAACGAGCGAAGGUGCGAAGGAACCCCUCACUAGGUCGCUUUUCAUGCUCUCGGUGGUGCUCCAGCAGAGAAGCCGAAUCAUGACCGUGAAAAUCUUCCGCCGGGGCUCGGCCCGCUGCAUCGGGCUGCUGUCGGCAUUCGUCACGAUCCUGCUCUGCCUGUACUACAUCUCAAUGGGGCAACCCUCGGGUACGGCUGGGCCCAGCAGCACUCUUCACAAGGACGGUCUGCACCAGAAGCGGCUGGGCAACCUUCAUGAAUCUCUUCACCAUGGCGGCGGCAGCCAUCAGAAUGCAAAUCAAUCCUGGCACAGUUGGCUGCGGAAUAAUCUCAAUUCCAUCAGCAAGGAUCGGCCCGAUGGGGGAGGUGUUGACGACGGCGGCGGUUCGCGACAGGCGUUAGCGGAACUCGAUAGUGGUGAUGGUAGCUCGGCGGAAGGUGACAGCGGCGGGGGAUCCGGAAGUGCACCCCGAUUCAGCACCAAGUGGGACGAAUGUGCUGCUCUUGAGGAAGCACCGACUGAUAUUACCACCGGUGAUGAAUAUGGAAAUUUCGACUUCCAGCCAGAGUGGAUGAAAACAAAGGAGUACUGGGAUAAGGAUUUCGAGAACCGCUACGAAAAGCUGCAAAAGGACCCGAGCCGGCCACCGCUUAAGAUUGUGGUUGUGCCACAUUCCCACAACGAUCCGGGAUGGCUGAAAACUUUCGUUAACUACUUCCAAUCGGACUCCCGGCAAAUAUUGAAUCUGGCCGUCACCAAGAUGCCCGAGUACAGCAAUAUGUCCUUCAUCUGGAGCGAGAUUAGCUUCCUGCAGCUGUGGUGGGACCAAGCGCAUCCCACAAAGCAAAGGAUUCUGAAGAAGCUAGUGAAGUCUGGGCGGCUGGAGAUCACCACCGGUGGAUGGGUUAUGACAGACGAAGCGAAUGUCCAUUUGUUCGCCAUGGUUGAUCAAUUGAUUGAAGGCCAUCAGUGGGUCAAAACCAACCUCAACGUCACACCAAAAAGCGGCUGGAGCAUCGAUCCGUUCGGGCACGGCAGCACCGUGCCGUAUCUGCUGGCGGCAAGUGGAUUCGAGGGGACCAUCAUCCAGCGGAUACACUACGCGUGGAAGCAAUGGUUCGCCCGUCACCGAUACGGUGACUUCAUGUGGACACCCUACUGGAAAACGUCGUCAACUCCGCGGGAUCCCAAGCACACAAUGCUGACCCACAAUAUGCCCUUCGACAUUUACUCCAUCAAACAUUCCUGUGGACCGCAUCCGUUCAUCUGCCUUAAUUUCGACUUCCGCAAGAUACCCGGCGAGUACACCGAGUACUCGAUCAAGGCACAGUUUAUCACACCCGAGAAUAUCGAAUCGAAGGCCGACCUGCUUAUGGAGCAGUACUCGCGUACUGCUUCACUGUUCCCGCAUAACGUCGCGCUCAUCCCCGUGGGGGAUGAUUUCCGGUACAACAAAGAAAAAGAAAUGGAGCAGCAAUAUACCAACUAUAAAAAACUGAUCGAUUUCAUCAAUGAGAACCGUAACAAAUACAAGGCGGAGAUCAGCUUCGGCACACCGAAGGAUUACUUCAACGCCAUCAAGGAACGUUACGAUAAGUUUCCCACCCUGAAAGGGGAUUUCUUUGUGUACUCCGACAUUUUCAACGAGGGUCGGCCUGCCUACUGGUCCGGAUACUUCACCACCCGACCGUUUUUCAAAAUUCUCAGCCGUGAGCUGGAGCACAACCUGCGAAGCUUGGAGAUCCUAUUCACGCUCGCGUUCAACCGUGCCCGACAAACGGACAAUUCUAAUGCGUUCAAAAUCUACGAAAAGAAUUACGAGAAAAUAAUACUGGCCAGGCGAAACCUAGGUUUGUUCCAACACCACGACGCUAUCACAGGCACUUCAAAAGCAAACGUAAUGCGGGACUACGCAUUGCGACUCUUCGAGAGCAUCCAGGACACGGUGAAGCUUCAGGAGAAGACUAUUGAGCUUCUGGUGCAGAAGAAAAGCACCGAGCAUAAUUUUCUGAUUGGCGAGUUGGAAAGGGAUAAUUUCAGCAAGUUGCCGCGGAAAACUCCUCUGAUCGUCACCGAAGCCCGCAGCACCGAUUUCGUUGUCUACAACGCGUUGGCCCAAGAACGGCUGGAGGUUGUGCUGAUCAGAACGAUGACACCACGGGUAAAGAUCCUUGACCCUGCGGGAAAGCUGAUGGACAUCCAGAUCAAUCCUGUGUGGAACAUAACGGAGCCAUCGUAUGGCACGAGGAAAAUUAUCCCCUCGGAUAAGGAGUACGAGAUUAUGUUUGUGGCGAAACUAGCCCCGCUGUCGUUAACGACAUUCACGGCCGCAUAUGACGACGGGUAUAAACCAAAGAUGGCGACACUUUACUGCAACGAGUGUCAGGAUGAGAAGAAUGAGAUUUUCGAAAUCAGGAACAAACAACCGGGGGAUAUUCAGUUGGAGAACUACAAGAUGAGACUUCUGUUCGACGAACAGAGUGGAUUUUUGAAAUCGGUUACCAAAAAGAAUAUGGGUAAACAGAUUCAGUGUGCGAUUAAGUUUGCUGCGUACAAGAGUGCCCAAUUUCAUUCCGGAGCUUACUUGUUCAAAGCGGAUCCCGAGCAACGAAAUUCGGAGAAGGAAAUCUUGGAGCAGUACAAUGAUAUGACAAUGCUGAUCACCUCUGGCCCGCUGGCCAGCGAUGUCACCGUGAUAUACGGUCCGUUCCUCGCCCACUCCGUUCGGAUAUACAACUCGAAUAGUAUUCUGGAUAAUGGAAUCUAUAUCGAGAACGACAUCGACUUCGAAAUGCCUCCGAAGAAUCGGGAGUCGGAAUUAUUUAUGCGAUUCAUUACCGACAUCGAGAAUGGGGGCAGUGAGAACCCUGAGUUUUACUCAGAUUUGAACGGUUUUCAGUACCAAAAGCGGGUGAAGGUGCCAUCUAUAGGAAUAGAAGGAAAUUACUACCCCAUCACAAGCGGAGCAUUUAUUCAGGACGAAAAAAUGAGGCUGACUCUGUUGACGACCCAUGCGCAGGGCGCCGCUAGCUUGGAACCCGGUCAACUUGAAGUCAUGCUCGACAGACGAACUCUGUACGAUGACUACCGUGGAAUGGGCGAGGGAGUCGUGGACAGCCGUCUCACGCGGCAUCGUUUCUGGGUGAUUCUUGAAACCAUCGACAACGGCAGCAGCCCAAAGGAAGCAAACGCGGAUGUGCCUCCGGGCCAAAGCGACAAUUCGAAACCCGCCGAAUACCAGCUGCCAAGUAUUUUCGCCAACAGCUUGUCCAACGGACUGAACUAUCCGGCGAAUCUAUUCAUCGUGGAGAAAUACGACGAGAGCAACCAGAUCGAGCUGAAUCGAGCUGUCCAACUGCUGGCCGCUCCCUUUCCCUGUGAUCUACACAUUCUGAAUCUCCGGACGCUGACCGAACCCAAUCUGCCGCUGUUCCCGUCGAACUCCGCCCUGCUGGUACUGCACCGGCAAGGCUACAACUGCCGGAUAGGGGGCGAAGAAGUAGUAAAUUAUUUUUGUAACACUAGCAACAGUGCUAGUCCUAGAAGUAGUAGCAUUAGUAGUAGUAGUUUUAAUUAUAAUGUAGAUAAAUACACUAGACCGCUGCAGCUCUUCACGGGGGCGCAGAUCGAACAAAUUGCGAGCACUUCGCUGACCGGGCUGCAUCCCGGCAGUCCGGUGCGCUCGGUUGGGGACAUUUUCCUUGAACCGAUGGAACUGCGAACGUACAAUGUGACGUUCGUGAAGUAAGUUAUAUUGGUCGAUGAGGGUGGCUGGUUGGGGGAGAAUGUUGGCCGUGGGUUUUGUCGAUAGACUGCUCUCGAACGUGUGUUGAUGCCAUUUGGACAAAAUGGAUGUCUACCUAAUGAGCGAUUCUUCGCUAAGUGUACACCGAAAUUGGAUUUACAAGGUUUGUCUUGAAGAUUUUCCCCCCAAAAGAUACCAAUCUAUCCCAACAAAACCAACGCAGAUGUGUUCGAGAACGACGGCACAACUUGAGGUCUAGAAAUUUAGCUCUCAAUUGUUCAUCAAAUUCAAUGAAGGACUGUCCGUCACAACUCUUGUCACUCGUAUCCCAUUUGGCAUCCUGGAAAUUCGAACAAUAUGAGAGUCACGUUUCAAAUUCCGUGAAUAAUUGAGGGAAAAAUCACUAGAUUUUCCAUUUCCCUGAUCGAUAUAAAUCCCUAAAAUCUCACUUUCUUCGGAAGUGAAAAAAGACAGAGAAUGCUCUCUCUCUCAAACAGAAUACAAAGUAAUCGUUUGCAAUCUUGAACGAGACAGCAAACCAUUAAAACAAAGGACAAACACAAGAACAAACUUUGCUAAACACAAACCUCUCUCUUCAUUUGGAAAGCUUUAAUCUCUAGGAGAAACAUCCAAAAAUCCGUUCACUCAAAACCAGAACCAUGACACAAGUAAAUCCAACGAUAUAAUCAUUCCACUUGAAUCGAACAAACGAAAUAUAAAAGUCCGUAUUAGUAUUAGUUAGCAUCAGCAAACGAAGUUCACGCAUCUUUUCAUGCGAAGACCUGAGGAUUCUCGGACACAAUUUUUGUUUUGUGUUUUCAUUUCGUUUGCCUGAAAAAGAUGCAUUUCCAAUAAUCCGGAAACUUUUAAACCGACAGACUACAAAGCAUAUUACGACUUUUAAGUUUAUUUAUUGUUUACUGUGUAGCAACCGAUUCCUGGCCUUUCCGGGAUUUCGUUGUAAAUAUAAACCCUAGCGUAGAUCAUUCUCCCUUUCUUAGUUCGUUCGUCCCAAAAUGUGAUUUUAGUUUUAGUUAACCCCUCGGACCCUCCUUUCAUCCCCAUACAUCUAUGAACACAAACGCAUAUUGUACAUUCAAAUUUAGAUAAUUUUACACACAGGAUUCUAAUCUUUCCAAGCUCUUAAACCACCGUUCAACGAGUUUUUCAUUUCCACAAAUUCGGAACACACUACCGCAGGUGGUGUAAUCAUGUAUUGUUGGCUCGACAUCCGGGCUAGUUCAAUCCGCCAAAUCCGGGAACGAUUCAAAACCCAACACCUUGAACGAUGAACCAAGAGAAACCAGCAAAGAAACAGCGGGUUCUUUGCGCAAAUAUUGUAGGGAAAAGUAUGACAACAGAAUAAAGGGUUAGUUGUUUUUAUAUAUCUAAGCUGCUAGAGAAUAUUUUAAAUAAAUGAGAAAAAUUCCCAAAAAGGCAUAUAAUACAGUAAGCACUAGUAGAGAAAUUGUUUUUUUCGUUUUCUCUUGCCAGCUUGAUUCGAUUCUGUUCGUUCGAGUAAUUGUAAUGAAAUCGAGGUUAAAUGUGUAGACAGAAUGAACGAUUUUCCCAAUUUUUUCAUUCAAUUGAUUUGAAUCUUGCCAGUAUAUCCUUGUUUUGUACAAAAAUCAAAUGUAUCUAUCCGUAGCCAUUCUUGCGCUUUGUUUUACUAUCCGAUGCCUUAUCUAUAUAACUAGUUUAUCGUAAGUCUCUCAGUUGUCCCUUUGGAUUGAAACUGGUAUUGUUUAAAUAUAUGCUUCAAAACCAAAUGUCUGAAAAACAAGUGUAAGUAAAAUAAAUAAUUGAAUAUUUUA